UCGAACUUGGUGUGGUGCUGAGGGACAGCAACAGCAGCAAGUGUGUACUCUGUAUUCUUCUCUGUUUCUUCCAUGGAUGUCCGUCCUGCUUGUACUCGAAGUUCCCGCAGGUUCCGCCUAUAUGUAGGGAGUUCCAAAAAACACUCUGAAAUUCAGAUUGAAAGGUCAAAGUAAUCCUGAAAUAAAGAGAGAUUUCUCAAGGAAUGCUGAUUUUUCAGGGUAUUUAGUGACGCGAAUCCUGAGACCGCUGGGUCCUGGAAAACGAAAAAUUAGCCCUGGUCGAGUAGUAGAGCCAGCGCUUGCAGCAGCGGACUCGCUGCUGGCACGCACUGGCCGCGCACUCUCGUCGCUUCCACUGCCACUGCUUCUUCGCAGUCAGCCUCGCCAUCCCCGCUCGUCACGCCGCCCAUGGCGUCGCCACUGCGCGUGGCGAAUGGCGCGCGUCAUCCGCACGCUGAGAGCGGCGGAGCGCCUUCCGCUUCGGCGGGAGGCGAGGAUGGUAAGGCGCUGCAGUCGCCGCUGCAUUUGCCGCAGUCGUCGCCGUCGCUAGCGGAGUCGCCAGUGCAGUCGCCACUGUCGCCGCAGUCGCCGGCACUGUCGCAGCACUCGCUGCUGGACUGGGUGGCGCUGGUGCUGUGGAUGGGGUGGAUGCACAUCCUGCUCUUCCUCCUCCUCCUCAUCGCGCUCACCUUCCCUCACCCCCUCGCCCUCGCACUCCUAACGCUCCUCGCCACGCUCUCGGUCACGCCUGUCGAUCCCGACGGCCCCAUGGCCAAGGCUUACAGAAGGUGGCUCUACCCGGUGGUGCUGCGCCACUUCCCCAUGCGAAUCAUCUUUGACGACCAGGGCGCCAUUACAUUCGGCAAGCCCUAUGUGGUGGCGGUGGAGCCGCACUCCGUGCUGCCGGUGGGGCUGGCGGCCUUCAUGCGCCACCCCAUGUGCGCGCAGGGCGUGGCGGGCGCCACGAGCGCCAUCUUCCGCGUGCCGCUGCUCAGGCAGUUCUGGCAGUGGGCACGCCUCGCUCCUGCCACCCGGGCCGUGCUCUCGCGCGUGCUGCAGAGGGGGCACCCCGUGAUCAUCGUGCCAGGCGGCGUGCAGGAGUGCCUCUUCAUGGCACCCGGCAAGGAGGUGGCGUUCGUCCGCAGCCGCUUUGGCUUCAUCCGCCUGGCGCUGGAGCAGGGGGUGCCCGUGGUGCCCUGCUUUAUAUUCGGCCAGACCGCUGCCUACCGGUGGUGGAAGCCGGGGGGGGCAUGGUACCGGGCGGUGGCACGGCGCAUGGGGUUUGCCCCGAUCCUCUUCUGGGGCAUGUGGGGAUCGCCCAUCCCCCUGCGCACGCCCCUCACUGUCGUCGUUGGCAAGCCCAUCGGGCAGGGACACCCUGACCCCCACCCGUCCAAAGAAAGGGUGGCGGCAGUGCAUGCGGAGUACGUGAGUGCGUUGGAGCGCCUCUUCCUCGACUACAGGGCCCAGGCGGGCUACCCUCACAUGCACCUCGACAUCAUGUGACGGGCUGGCAUCAUGUGACGGGCUGGCAUCAUGUGACGGGAUGGCAUCAUGUGACGGGCUGGCAUCAUGUGACGGGCUGGCAUCAUGCGACGGGCUGGCAUCAUGCGACGGGCUGGCAUCAUGCGACGGGCUGGCAUCAUGUGACGGGCUGGCAUCAUGUGACGGGCUGGCAUCAUGUGACGGGCUGGCAUCAUGUGACGGGCUGGCAUCAUGUGACGGGCUGGCAUCAUGUGACGGGCUGGCAUCAUGGGACGGGCUGGCAUCAUGUGACGGGCUGGCAUCAUGUGACGGGCUGGCAUCAUGUGACGGGCUGGCAUCAUGUGACGGGCUGGCAUCAUGCGACGGGCUGGCAUCAUGCGACGGGCUGGCAUCAUGCGACGGGCUGGCAUCAUGCGACGGGCUGGCAUCAUGUGACGGGCUGGCAUCAUGUGACGGGCUGGCAUCAUGUGACGGGCUGGCAUCAUGUGACGGGCUGGCAUCAUGUGACGGGCUGGCAUCAUGUGACGGGCUGGCAUCAUGUGACGGGCUGGCAUCAUGUGACGGGCUGGCAUCAUGUGACGGGCUGGCAUCAUGUGACGGGGAUGAAUGUAGUGGGGGGGGGAGGUGAACCCUGAGAUAUGCCAAGGAGUGGCGCUAGGAGGCGACAUUGAUUGCAAUCUCUUAGGGCUGCCACGCAUGCAGCUGGACAUCAUGUGGCGGGGGAGGGGGGGGGGGGGGGGGGGGUUGGGUGGGGAUGAAGUGAAGGUGUGUCGCUAGGUGGCACUGUGAAGGGGAGUAGAGGCAGCUGCCAACAGUAGAGAGUUUGAUUCGUGGCACUCAAGAGCUGUUGUGGUGCCUCACCACAUGCUGCAUGUAGUCCUUGCAGGUCAGGAUGUCUUUCGUUUUUCCAAAGCUUGUCUUUCUGUACAAUUUUCAUGGAU